GCACUUCAGGCUAACACAGUUUAGGCCAAAUUUUAACCAUUUAAAUAAAAUAUGCUUAGAUAGUUAAAAUGCACAGUUUGCUGAGACAAACACAACGCUUGCACUGCCUGGCGCCAGGAGGAGCUAUGCUGAUUCAUACAACGGCCACGCAGCGCACGUUCUGGGAGCGCGAAAAGAAAUCCGGCUACAAAACGAAACUACCUGAGCCGUCUAAAAAACAACUAAUAGUUGAUGGUUUCCGCGAACUAAAGCAGGAGAUAAAACUUUGGCGUCAAGAGGUGGAGGAACAUCUGGUGAGCGAUCCGAUUUUGGUAUUUCGACCAGGCGAAACAGAUGUAGUGUUUGAUUUCAAAGCGCCAGAUGCGCUUGACAAAUGGACUGUAACCACAGACAGCGAUCAUGGCGAGGGUAAAAGCAGUGCAACAUUGGAAUUGAGUGCAUCAGGAGCUGGCUUAUUUCACGGUGAGGUGAACUCAGAGCACACCAAGGAUGGUAUAAUCAAAAGGACAGGCUAUGCCAAUAUACGCACGAAGCGCGUGCGCAAAUCAUUUAAACGUGAAUCCACCUACGACUGGACGCAGUACAAUAUGCUAGUGAUGAAGGUGCGUGGUGACGGACGCAGUUAUCUAAUCAAUUUACACACCGAAGGCUACUUCGAUAUUAUGUGGAAUGAUAUCUACCACUAUGUGCUGUUCACGCGGGGCGGCCCACACUGGCAGAUUGCCAAAAUACCCUUCUCCAAGUUCUUCUAUUCGUCCAAGGGUCGGGUUCAGGAUCGCCAGGGCCCUAUUCAGUUAAAUCGUGUUACCCACUUUGGUUUCUCAGUGGCUGCCAAGAAAGGGAUGGACGGACCCUUUGGCUUGGAAAUCGACUAUGUUGGUCUGGAAUACGAUCCCAGUCAUCGGGAGGAGUUUGCAUACGAAAUGUACAAGACCCAAAAGUAUAUCGCAGCAACGUAGUAAAUCUAUUUAACUAUACAAGAGCCAAUAAAACACAAGUUAGUUUUCGUUUGUUGCAACAACAAAAAAA